AUAGCAACGACGGGCAUAAAAGCGCGCUAAAACUUGGCACGGCGGUAGUUGCUUGGAAAACGCGAUUCAAUGGAAACUCGAAAAAUGGAUUCUAGUAGCGAACAAAGUGAACAAGAAAACGCUUUGAAAAGAUGUCGAUGGUUAAGAAUAAACUGGAAUUGGUUCAAAGUGGGAAGCUCGAAAUUUGGGAUCCAAAUUCGCUUAAAUCCAGUCGUGACUCUGCUCUCGGCGUUGGUUAUCUGGGGUUUUGUCGUCUUCUGUGUUUUGCUGCCAGAAUUCGCGAAUAAACAGAUGGCCGAGUGGAAAUCAUGGAUCACUGAGACCUUCACAUGGAUGUACAUUGGUACCCAAAAUGCCUGGGCUGUUUUUAUCAUCGUCCUGUACUUUUCCAAAUACGGCACGAUGAAACUGGGAAAACCGGAUGAAAAACCUGAAUUCAAAGACGCGACAUACUUCACCAUGCUGUUUGCCGCUGGCAUAGGAAUCGGCCUAUUCUACUUUGGAGUUGGUAAGUUGAUCACCUUUGCGUGAACGUCGAUUGCUUUUCGUAUUUUAGGAAACAAAGUCGCGCUCAGCCACGGAUAAACCAUUCAUCUGAAGUGUGUGUAAGCUUAUAAUGAUAUGCAGUUCUACCAUUUUCGUGCGUGUUACAUGGGUAAAGAUUUCUUGAGUUUAAGUAAAUAAAGAAUGAACAAAUUGCAAAGUUAGGGAAUUUUAACUCUGUAGAUUAAAUCCCGGCGCUUUUUAAAGCAUUUUUACAACAAAAUUACGAUUUUUUCGGUAACCACAUGUUCAGUAAAAUCACUAGCAAGUAAAAGUACUUUCCCGCUGAUAGAGUAAAAUUACGGAGACGCGUCACGCAUGGGUACACCCGUCAAUCAAACGUCAUACCGCCUUUGAUUUUUCCGCGAUUUACCCGCAUGAAUGAAAAACGCGCGCUUUUUAUGCAAAUUUCUCUCAGUGAUUUUACGAGCUACACGUGGAAAUAUAUUAUUUAUAUUUCGUUUUCGCAGCGAAUAGUAUAACGAGAAAUGAAAGCUGUAAAAAGUAGAGGUGUUAGAUUGCCGUUAGUUAAAAAUCUUUCAAACAGGUCCUUCUUAAUUUUUGCUCAAGACGCGUCUGACUAAAAUAAGACAAUUUUUCAAUGUUUACAUCCUUUUGAAUGAAUUCGAUUUCUUAUUCGGUGGCGUUUAGGUACAAAACCUUUAAAGAAAAUAUUAUUCAUUCUCUGCUAACUUACUUAGCGCCUUUCGCAUUCAUACAAAAAUACGUGCGUGAUAUAAAAAUAUGUGCUUGUCACUCUUCAGUUUCUUGUUUCAGAGCAACAUUUUUUCAGUGUUCCACAUGCAUUUCGGUUUCUGAGAACUGAAUGAUAAUCACGUCCGCGCCCAAACGCACAAUAUACCGCAUUUCUUCUGGGGAAAAGUACUCAAGGCAUUUCCUUGAGGAAACGAUCACCACUUUAAAUAAAAUAACAUAUUAGUCCUAAGAAAAUAGCGUGCAUGUCAUGGAUCACGAAUUUUUUUCAUUUUAUUUAAUUAAAGUCCGUCAUAAAAUUAAACGUCGGCCGUUUUUGUUACUUUUUGUCGCCGCCGUUGCUUUCGUUUUUCUACACCGCUUUUAAAAGGUUUUUAACAACCACAACCAUUUUUAACUUGCGGACAAAAAUUUUCGUGGUAUUCAGGAGUUCCAUUGUGUAUGUCUGCAUUAUUUGCAUAAGAUAUUGCACAAGCUGCUGUCAAAUUAUCGACUUCAACUUGAGGUAACUACAAAUUAGGCCUCAGCAGCAGUUUCCUGCAGUCCUAAACUUGGUAUAAUAGAAUAAUCAGUUCCCAUGAAAUUUCUUUUCUAAAAAAGUGAUCGACAAACUUGAUACAAUAUUGUGUUACACACAUGCUGAGAGUGUUCAUCAUAUUGCAUAUUUCCUUGCUUACCUUUUUGAACUACGAUAGGUUUAUAGUUCACAUAUGCUGGAGCCUAACUACAUCAGAAAUGUUGUUUUUUUUGCUUGUCAAAAAAUUUAAAAAAGAAGUCGUUGUCUAAACCACAGUGGUUAAGCUAAGUUUAAAAAACUGAAACCUUUUUGUCAGUCAAAUAUUCUUUGAUACUGGUCAAAUUCAUCUUAUUGAUUUGAAAUAUCAUUGGAUGAUUGUUUUUUUUUGGGCUGGGAACAUCUACAAUAGUUGUCAUAAUUCCACCUGACCAUGAUAUUAUUUGUUAUAAAUAUAGAACCUGUAUGUCCUAUUCUUGUGACAUACAUGUAUUUUUGUCAGUUUUAGCAUUUUUGAUAAGAAUUAAAAUUCAAAGCAAUACCAGUUCUACUUAUGUAUAUUAUUAAGGAAAUAUUUGUAUAAUAAUUUCACUACUGAGAGUACAAGGUACAAAUCUUUGAUGUCAUGUGAAGUCAUGUGAGUAAAAAAUCCAGCUAAUGAUUAACUCUAAUUCCUUGCAGCUGAACCUGUGUGGCAUUAUGCUCCUGGUGACUAUGGAAACCGAUAUUUUGACAGGUACGUGAUGAUAAUGCCCAGCUCAAUUAAACUUGAUACUUUAAAGUCCCCAAGCUUUUCUUCAUAUUUUAAGAAAGGGACGAAGGUGUGCAUCUUCUUCAAUUCACAUCUUCAUGUGUUAUGUAGUAGCACCUUUUUUAGUGUUAAACAUUCUCAUUAUAAUAAUGUAUCAUGCUUGUCCAACUUUAUCAGGUGCACCAGACGACCAAAAUUAUGAUUUCAAAUAUGUCAAAGUGUUUCAAAUGCUUUUCUCUGCGAUUUAGAGUGCUGUUUUGUUAAUUUGGUGCUGUUCUUGAGCCUAAAUUAUCUCUUUGGUAUCUUAAGGGUAACUGAUGGGUCCUAUCAAAUGUUUGAGGAGAUGGAGUAGCUGUACUUUUAUAAGAAAAUUCUACACAGUAAUAAAAGCUAUGGCAGGGGCACCCAACAACUUUUUUCUGUAAAACAACUGUUUGAAGGAACAAAUAAAAAAAAACGAUAAAAAUGUUAAAAACGACUCAAAGUAAUUGUCUGAAAUUCAAGCUGCAAAUACACGUACUUCCUAGAAAUUUCUAAAGCUCAAGAAAAGCUAAAAAUUCCUGGAUAACCGUGAAAUUCCAUUUGAAUUGUCUAAGAUAUUCAGAGUUUUUCUACUAGCUUACCUAUGAUUUUCUGGGGUUGUGGUCUUCAAAUUUUUAGGCUACACUAUAAGCAGUCAUACUGGCUUGUUAUAUUUCUUAUUUGUCCCAUUUACACCAUGCAAAACUGUUUUAAAUCUGUUUAUGUAAACACAGUUUGAAGUUGUGCACAGAUAAAGCCAAACUUCAAGUUAUGAGGGCAAAACCUUAACAUAGAAGUCCCUGUCUGUAAAAUACAAGCAAUCAGUUUUUCUUUUUAUCAAACUUGGUUUUGCUACACCUGUUUUAUUCUACAACUUUAAGUGAGAAGGGGCUGCAGAGACAGUGAGACCAAAUAAAUUAAUUAGUUUUCUCAUUGGUCAUGCUACUCUACUGAAAAAAGUAAUUUUGAACAUGCCACAUAGUUCUAUGAACUUCUGAUAGCUUAUGUACUCACAUCUCUCUUUCUUUAUAUAGGUAUACCGAUAACCAACGCGCCCAAGACUCUAUCAACCUGACCUUGUUUCAUUGGGGUAUCCACGGAUGGAUUGUAUACGUUGUGGUUGGUCUUCUCCUGGCCUUUGUUGGUUACAGACAGGAACUUCCCAUGACCAUGAGAUCCUGCUUGUACCCUUUGAUUGGCGAUAAGAUUUACGGGUGGAUGGGUGAUAUGACCGACACUGUAUCGGUAGUCUGCACCAUGUUUGGCGUUUGUACCAGCCUGGGUAUUGGAGUCAUGCAACUGAACGCUGGCGUUCAUCGCUUAAAUGACAGCUUUGAGAUCAGCACCACCAACCAGAUUAUCAUCAUCUGGUGUGUAACAGCCUGCGCAACUGCUUCUGUAGUGAGCGGCUUAAAGGUUGGAAUCCGACGUUUAAGUGAGAUCUGUUUCACCCUGGGUCUCUUUAUCAUGUUGAUGGUGUUUUUCCUGGAUGAUCCCUGGCACUCCCUGAAUGUGCUUGUUCAGAGCACUGGCUAUUACUUGCAGACGGUCAUACAACUUGGUUUCCACACUGAUGCUUUUGCGCAAUUGGGAAAUGCUCCAGAUGGUAAGGAAGCAGCUAACUGGAUGGACAACUGGACCAUCUUUUACUGGGGCUGGUGGAUUGCCUGGUCUCCGUUCGUUGGCAUGUUCAUUGCAAAGAUCUCAAGAGGAAGAACCAUCAGACAGUUUAUCAACGCAACCUUGACAGCACCAGUGGGAUUUUCCAUCCUGUGGUUCAGCAUUUUUGGAGGAGUGGGCCUGAGAAUGGAACGAAAUGCAGAGCUUGCUAACAUAACUUGUUCUUCGGUGUUAGGUGGAGGUGAAGCAAAGGAGUCUUUCGAAGGUUUGUACCGACUGUCCUGUCGUGGCAAGACCGACAUGUGGUUUGACGUGAUGGAGUCAUACGAAGGCCUAGGUACUGUCCUUUCCGUUCUCUCCCUGGUAAGCAUAGUCCUUUAUUUCGUCACCAGCUCUGAUAGUGGAUCCCUUGUGAUAGACUGCCUCUCUGCCAAUGGUGAUCCCGAGCCGCCCGUCCUACAACGCAUUUUCUGGGCACUCACAGAAGGUGCGACAGCUACCGCUCUCCUGUACGCUGGAGGCCAAGACGCACUGAUAGCCCUGCAGACAGUCUCAAUAGCAUCUGGCGUUCCCUACACGAUCAUAUUGUGCUUUAUGUGUGUAGCGCUGUGGAGAGCUGUCAAGAUCGAAGCAGGAGACCUUGACAUACGUGGCCCACAGUUCACCACUAGCCUCCUUGAUGUGCUUAGCACUCCAACAACAGAUAGUGUUUCCAAAGUUUCUCUGAGUGUUGUGGCUCCAUGGUACUUUAUAGGCGUAGCGGCUGGAGAGGUGGACAAACAAAACAGACGGAGAUGCAUCCACAUGCUGAUUCUCGCUGUACCUUUUUAUGGGGCGAUCGCUCUCUUUGCCAUGGGAUUUUUUCAGCCUAAUUUAGUAUACGUUGGGCUGUCCGUCCUGUUUGGUUUCUUUGCCUAUGCCACAAGUGUACGCAACUCCAUCCGCGAGAAACACGGCAUCAAUGGAAACAUGGUGGAGGAUUUCUUUGCUGUGUCUUGCCUAUAUCCAUUUGCUGCCUACCAAAUGGAAACCCACAUGCGAAACUACGAACCGAGAAGCGCUGCAGUUGAAGAACUUCAAGUUGAGAGCGGAAAAGCGGCGUCUGAGUGCUCUUCACAUAGUAGCUCUGAGUGCUGUUGUAUCCCGUUAGGAGAGAUGGACAAAUUACUUUAUGAUCCAGACGCGAAAAAUACAAACGUUUGAUUCAUCAUAUCAAAUAGAAAAAUGAACGUUAUUUAAAGGACGUUAGCGUUAAUUUAAUUAGAAGUUUGAUAUUUUAGUACGGACGUUAAGUUUCUAAAUUAAAGUAAGAUGUUUAGGUAUUAAGACAUUUGUAAUUUAAUAAAUAAGAACAUUGUUAUGUUUUGAGAGGGAAUUUUAGUCUAGUGGAGUGGCACACUAGACUUUUAACUCCCGUGUUGUUUUUACGAGCCCUGACCCGGUUACAUAAAGCAACGAUCAAGUGCCAAAUUUUCUACAUUUACACCUGUAUCCAUAACUUGCAAAAUCCUGAACAGGACAGCAAGUCUGAAACUGUAAGAUAAGUGGUUUCUUGUCCCCUUCUACUCUCGUUAAUCCGCCGUCGGCCUAGUUAUCCGUAUUACUGUGCAAGGAAAUCCUGGGAAACAAAGAGAGUUGUCACAGAAAAUCGCACUUCACUGCUUUAUGCAACUGGAACCGGGCCUGUUUCAAGGAACUUCUCAACACGCUUAUCAAUUCACGCAUGUGUAAAUAGUACCAGCAGUCAUCGAUAAUCCGAGGGGGAAAUUUGUGAUCGAGCUAUCUAAUUCAGUAGUAAUGGCCAAUGCAUGCUACAGUAAGAUUUACCAAUCAGAGGGUAACCCUAGAUAUGGCCUCUAGAGAGUUGUGCAACCCGCAAAGGUUUGGUUUUCAGCCUUUACUUAAUAUCAACCAUAGUUUGGGCCGGGAAUACCAUUGUCGUCGAUUGUAAAAGUCGCUGACUAUUCACUGACUAUACCCUCCUAACCAAACUUAACUUGACUACCUCUCUCCUAGGUACGAAAAACAGAUUCAAGUCUGGCACUUGUGGUUUGCUAGGCUUGUCGAUAAUAGUUAUUACUCCUAUGCGCAGCACCAGG